CUGUCACGUGAAUCGUCUCGUGACAACAGGAAGAAGGAAUGACAACAGUGUGAGAAUGCUGCUGCUGCUGCUGCUGCUUUGACACUUUUCAACUCUUCAUUUUUCGUUUGCAGAAAGCAACAUACAACAAUGACUUCUAUUAUAAAAGAAACACAAAGCAUAAAAGAAGCGGUGACUUUCAUCAACGCGAUUGAUGUGAACAAGUUCUCCAGGCUGAUCUCCCGCAUCAUACAAAAGCUUCAUCUGAAGGGAGAGAGGACAUUCAGUGAAGAAGAGGAGCAAAAACUUCAGGCUGCUCUCUCAUUGGAUAAACAGGCUCUCAAUCUAGUCCUGGAAACUGUCGCCUUUAUACUAGAGCAGGCAGUGUAUCAUAAUGUAAAGCCGGCCUCUCUGCAGCAACAGCUGGAGGCAGUUCAUCUAAACCCAGACAAGGCUGAGAUGUUCUCUCAAACCUGGGCCACUGCUGGACCUGAGCUGGUGGAGAGACUAAAGCACAAUAUCUUUGCCCCAAAGAAGCUGGAGUAUGUCGGCUGGCAGCUGAACCUGCAGAUGGCCCAGUCCAGCCAAGCUAGACUGCAGUCUCCCAGUGCUGUCCUCCAAUUGGGGCUCCACAGUGAAGACUCUGAGAAAUUCAUCCUGUCAGGCCUGGAACCUGCUGCCUCCUCUCAGCACCCGUCUCCGCACAAAACAAAGCAAAAGCCCGGUUCAGGAAAAUGUCUUUGUUGAAUUUAACCACCAGGAGCUGCUUGAGUUCUACAACAAGCUUGAAAUUGUGCAAGGCCAGUUGGAUUCCCUCACUUGAUGCCUGGUGCUCUUUGUACGACCACACACACUCACACACACACACACACACACAGACACAGACACGCACGUUGUUAGUGUUUAUGCUGACAGCUGUGCCAGCUGUUAGAGGCCUAGCAAUUCCAUACUUGCUCUGAUUAAUUAGAGAAAAUGUCAAAAUUUGAAGGAAGGAGUUUCUUUCCCUUUUGAGCUCCUUUUAAUCCAGAUUUGUGCUCAUAAUUUAGAGAGGUCGGUGUGAUAAAUCUGAUUGUACUUUGAAUUUUUAUGUCUUCAUCAAGGAGAUGGUGGGAAAAUAACCUUGUAAACUUGUUUCUUAGUAAGAUUUUUCUAUACCUGGCAGUGAGUAACUUAAUGUUUGAUUGCAUUGUAAAUUAGUUAUAAUAAUGUUACAAAUGUGCCAAUAGUCAAUGCUUUUCAAAAUUCAUUUGUACCCUUAGAAAAAGUCAUUAAAUGUUGUUUUGAGUUUAAACAAAUUGAUUUUGUAACUUGGAGAAUGAACUAGUGUCCAUGCCAUUCUAAUAAAAUCUGAAGUAGAGGUGAAAUCCA